GUUUCCACCAAAUUGUAAAAAAUGAAAUUACCCUCUCUCACCGUAGUUGCAAGUGGCAUUUUCAUUGCUUACAUUGCCCAUUCAGUGUGGACUAUAGGAAGUUUGUAUUUUCCUCCGACAUGUACCGGAAAAAAGAACUGCGUUUUCCCUCACCUGAAAUCCUCAAAUUCUCUACAGAUGCUGUUGUUUGUCACCCCUACAGAAAGAUUUUCUUAUUCAGACACUGUUUUAGUUGAUCAAUUUGAUAUUGAACCUGAGGUUACCCUGACAAAAACUGUCAACAUUCCUCUGCCAUUUAAAACAAGAAGAAAUGGAACUCUUUUCUUUCAUGCCUUUCUGGCAAAGAAAACUCAGAAAUGGAACUCCGAUGAAUGGGCUUCUGCUUUGCAAGAUCCUACGACAAGUUAUGCCGCAACAGCCAUUUCAGUGUAUCAAAUACCUGUCCAAGAAUCUUUCAAUUUGUUAAGAGACAAUGAACCUCAGCAUGGAAAGGAAAAGAAAGAAAAGCCCAUCACGCACAUCUACUCUAAAUUAAUUUUUAAUAUUUUAGAUCAUAGAGAUUCUUUGCCAAGAAAUGAGAUUCCUCCUGAUAUUGCUCAAGUUUUAAGUUAUUCGCCCAAGGGGGAGUAUUUGCCCGUGGUUUACAUCGAUUUGCUGGGUUGUCGGCUAGAAGAUCUCGUCCCUGUAAACCAGUCCGUGAAAGAUUUUCCUGUGACACUGAGUUAUUCGCCAAUUUCCUUCGGAAAAUUACGCCUUUGGAUGCAGUUUAGCGCUGCGAUGUUCACCCUGCGCCAGAUGGGAUUCACCGAAAAAGAUAUCGACGAACUUAAGGGCAUCUUCGCCGAUACCAAUAUUGUUUUGCUCUGCGUCACCUUCGUAGUUGCUGCCCUUCACAUGCUAUUUGACUUUUUGGCCUUCAAAAAUGACAUCUACUUUUGGCGCGAUCGAGAUAACAUGGUCGGACUCUCAUCUCGCACUCUGCUUUGGAGAGCUUUCAGUCAGUUCGUCAUCUUUCUUUACUUGGUGGACGAAAACACGAGUCUUUUGGUUGUGAUACCGGCUGCCGUUGGUACUUUGAUCGAGGUGUGGAAGGUUACCAAGGCUUUUAGGAUAACAUUAGAAUGGAACAACGGAUUGCCCCGACUCAAUUUCGGCCAGUCGCUUAACCAAGAGGAAGCCGAAACUGAACAAUACGAUUCAUUGAGCAUGAAAUACCUGUCUUACGUGCUCUAUCCACUUUGUCUGGGUGGUGCAAUCUAUUCUCUCUUUUACACGUCACAUCGAAGCUGGUACUCUUGGGGAUUGCAAAGCUUGGUGAAUGGCGUCUACGCUUUCGGAUUUCUUUUCAUGCUCCCUCAACUCUUUGUCAACUACAAACUUAAAUCAGUCGCCCACUUACCAUGGCGAGCCUUUAUGUAUAAGGCAUUCAACACUUUCAUCGACGAUAUUUUUGCCUUUAUCAUUACUAUGCCGACUGCACACCGAGUGGCGUGUUUCCGGGAUGACGCAGUUUUCCUCGUUUAUCUUUACCAAAGAUGGUUGUAUCCAGUCGACAAGAAACGAGUGAACGAAUUCGGAGCGACAGGAGAAGAAGAAGUUGUUGAGGAAAACAAGAAAGACAAAUAAACGGCCCUACCGUUUUUGCCAACUAGCUGAUGGACGGAUUCUUCAAAAGUAUGGGAUAAGGGGAGGGAUAAUCAAUUUAUUAUUUUUUCAUAUGAUUCAAUCGUUGUGUGGUACCGCUCAUAACUUUUCAGUUAAAAUUUGAAAGAUUAAAUCCUUUUUUGUUUCCGA